AUGCACAUCCAACCUAUGCGCACAGGUAGUGGUGGUGGUGUUGAUCAUAUGGACUCCAUGGAAUCAUGCGUCCCUCCAGGGUUCAGGUUCCACCCCACCGACGAGGAGCUCGUCGGCUACUACCUCCGCAAGAAGGUGGCCUCCCAGAAGAUCGACCUCGACGUCAUCCGCGACAUCGAUCUCUACCGCAUCGAGCCAUGGGAUCUCACAGAGAACUGUGGCAUCGGGUACGAGGAGCAGAACGAGUGGUACUUCUUCAGCUUCAAGGACCGCAAGUACCCGACGGGGACGAGGACGAACAGGGCGACCAUGGCAGGGUUCUGGAAGGCGACGGGGAGGGACAAGGCGGUGCAUGAGAGGAGCAGGCUCAUCGGCAUGAGGAAGACCCUCGUCUUCUACAAGGGCAGGGCGCCCAACGGACAGAAGACCGACUGGAUCAUGCACGAGUACCGCCUCGAGACUGACGAGAACGCGCCGCCGCAGGAAGAAGGAUGGGUGGUGUGCAGGGCGUUCAAGAAGAGGACGGCGUACCCGAACCGGGGCAUGAUGGAGAGAUGGGGCUCAAACUACUCCUACAACGAGGUCAAUGCCAUGUCUGGCGCGCCGUUCCCGGACCCGAACAUGGCGUCGACGUACGCGGCAGCGGCGCAGAUGGGCAGGGGCGCGAGCUUCAAGGAGGAGGCGGAGCAGCUGGACGGGGCCGCCGCCCUGCUGCGAUACACCUCCAGCCACCUCGUCGAGCUGCCGCAGCUCGAGAGCCCCUCCGCUCCUCUCCCGCGUAAGAAGGCCAGGGCACCCGAGGAGGAGGAAGAUGCCGCCUCCGGUGGCAGUAGGCGUCGACCUCGCAAGCACGCGCAGGCCGACAAUGCGGCCACCACGGACUGGAGGGCGCUGGACAAAUUCGUAGCGUCGCAGCUCAGCCCCAGCGGCGAGUGCGCCGCUCUGGAAGCAACGACGGCGACCACGGCGGCUGCGGCAGCCGGCGCGAGCUCGCAGGCGCAGGCGCAGCUGGACCGUGACGAGGACGAUAUGGCCGCAUUGCUGUUCCUCAACAGCGAUGGGAGGGAUGAGAUGGAAAGGUGGACGGGGUUGCUUGGCUCGGCCGGCGCCAGCGUCGACGGCGAACUUGGGAUCUCCGUGUUUGAUAAAUGA